UUGUUGUCUCCCGUCGUUCUGAAUUCUCUGCCGCUGAUCUAGCCAAGAUUGGUGGCGCAAAUGUAUCCAGCGCUCAGUGUGAUGUCACCAAGGAAGACGACAUCAAGGCUCUGGUUUCAAAGGUAGAGAAGGAGCAGGGUCCUAUCCAUACUGUCAUCUACAACGCUGGAACUGGAACUUGGAAAACUUGGGAUAAUGUCACCAUGGAGGAGUUCGAUAGAAGCUUCAAUACUAACACUAGGGGUCUGCUAAUGUUGGCUAAGGCGGUGUGCCCCGGAAUGGUGGAGAGGGGUGAGGGUGUUCUAGGGAUAACAGGAGCUACAGCUAGCCUCAGGGGAAAACCAUUUACUUCGGCCUUCGCUGCUGCAAAGGGUUCUCAAAGGAUGUUAGCUCAGUCUCUAGCGCGUGAUCUAGGACCUAAAGGAAUUCAUGUCUUCCUGGCGAUCAUUGAUGGACAGAUAAAAGAAAACGAUGAAACCAACAAGUUCUUGAACCCGGACGAGAUUGCAGAGAGCUAUUACAACAUUGCCUCUCAGGGGAAGAGUGCCUGGACCUUCGAGGCCGACCUCCGGCCGUUCCAGGAACAGUGGUAGAGACCGACCUCCGACAGUUCUUUGAACAGUAGUAGAGACCGACCUCUCCGACAGUUCCAGGAACAGUGGUAGAAACCGACCUCUCCGACAGUUCCAGGAACAGUGGUAGAGACCGACCACCGACAGUUCUUGGAACAGUGGUAGAGACCGACCUCUCCGACAGUUCUUUGAACAGUGGUAAAGACCGACCUCUCCGACAGUUCUUGGAACAGUGGUAAAGACCGACCUGUCCGACAGUUCUUGGAACACCGACAGUUCUUGGAACACCGACAGUUCUUGGAACAGUGGUAGAGACCGACCUCCGACUGUUCCAGAGCCUCCAACCUCAUAAAAAUUAUUGUAGUACAGAAAUACUUUCACAUUUAUUGUUAAUUUUAGUUUUUAUUCUACUUGAGAUCGAAUUUAAUGAAUCAUAUGAAGUAGUUGAGUCUCUAAUGAACUCUGAGCAAAGCUAGAAAAAUAGUUCAACUAUCCCUACUGAGCUCAACUGCUUCUCAUUAUUGAUUAGAAAACAACUGUACAUUGUACAUUUUACAUUGUGCUUUGUACAUUGUACCUCUCAAUUAGGAAAAAACAAAACUUGCCCUUCUUGAUUUUACAGUAUUAAUUUCAGAUACAAAAUUAGUUUAAAUUUAAGUAGUUAUACUGUCCAGUAUUCAUGUGUUUUUACUUAAUAAAGUGGAUCUAUAUACAUUA